GAGAAUAAAGGAAACAAGGUUGAUCCUAGUAGUUAGAUAGAUGGCUGAGGUAGCACAGCUCCAGGCAGAGCACUGAGCACCAUUUUAGAAGGAGCUCUUAAUGGAGAGAAAAGAUGAGCACAGAUACAACAAGCCAGCGCCAAAUGGCAAAUUGUUUUGAGAGGUAGAAAAAAAUGAGUUUAUGUAGACUAUAGAAAAGAACGCUCUGGAAAACAAGCGGACAGACGGAAAAAAGGACGAGCCAUGAUCACGUAUCGGAGAGGUGCAGCAACCCACUGGCUGUCUUUCAUCCUGAUAUCCUGACUAAAAGAAAGAAGAGCCAAAAGGAAAAAAGACAGAACUGGUGGAUACAAAGAAGACAGAGAGAGGAGGAGGGGAGGUGCUUUUUCCUCAAAGAAAAGAAAGGGAGUAAAAGAGGAGGAGGAGGAGGAGGGGGGGGGGGGGGGUCCAUACUCAGCACGUAAUACACAGAUAUCUUCCCAAAGCUUUACACAGACGCUGACACAGGUAGGCACCCAGCCUCCACAGGCAGGCCGGGGCAACGCUGGCAAAUUAGCAAAGUGGCAGGAAAAACAGAGGAGGACACCGCUGGAGCUGAGCGGAGGAAGAAAGCAGCCCGAGAGGAUACUGACAUCGAUAGUCGAGAAGGAGGACGAGGCGACGCGGUGUGGUGUGGAGGCUUGGUGUUGAGGGAGAGAAGACGGGGGAGGGGAGGUGGUGCUGAGGAGGAAGAGGAAGAAACUAGGGAACUGAUGGCUCGUGGCAGUGGUUCAGGGAGGUGGAGCAGGCAGAGGAUGGGAUUCUUUAACACUAUGCUGCGCUGCAACCUCCCCCCAGAGACCCAGAAGGUGGUGGUGUUCCUCAUCAUGAUGUUGCUGAUAAUCAUCAAUGUAGUUCUCAUGUUCCUACUGGCCUUCCAGUAGAGCACACACAGACCAACACUCUCUGUCAUACACACAAACUAAGACACAAACUAAGACUCCUAGAUGGAGAAGGAGACCAGGUGAAGUGACAAACAGAAGAACAGAAGAGCGCUGAGUGUUGUUUGGACUGAUGGGCUUCCAGCAUGGCAGCAGCAGAACACAGCUCAUCAGUGAUGGCAGUGUGGUGUAUGCAGAGGGGCUCUGGGACCAUGUUACUAUGGAUGACCAGGAGUUAGGUUUCAAGGCUGGUGAUGUCAUUGAAGUAGUGGAUGCAACUAACAAGGAGUGGUGGUGGGGUCGCAUCAUGGACAGUGAGGGCUGGUUCCCUGCCAGCUUUGUACGGUUGCGUGUCAACCAGGAUGAACCCAUGGACGAGUAUCUGGCCCACCUAGAGGAGGCUCAGGCUGGAGAAGAGGACCGGGCAAGUCUGGGCCUGUUGCUGGGACCUGGUUUACCCUGCAAAGAGCAGAUGAGAACAAAUGUCAUCAAUGAGAUUAUGAGCACAGAGAGAGACUACAUCAAGCACCUGAAAGACAUCUGUGAGGGUUACAUCAAACAGUGCCGCAAAAGGACAGACAUGUUCACUGAAGAGCAGCUUCGUACCAUCUUUGGGAAUAUCGAAGAGAUCUACCGAUUCCAAAGGAAGUUCCUCAAAGGUCUCGAGCAGAAGUUCAACAAGGAGCAGCCACAUCUGAGUGAGAUUGGUUGCUGCUUCCUUGAACAUCAAACAGAUUUCCAGAUCUAUUCAGAGUAUUGCAACAACCACCCCAAUGCCUGCAUCCAACUCUCCAAGUUGAUGAAGGUCAACAAGUAUGUAUUCUUCUUUGAGGCUUGCCGACUGCUUCAGAAGAUGAUUGACAUAUCUUUGGAUGGUUUUUUGCUGACUCCAGUUCAGAAGAUCUGCAAGUACCCGCUGCAGCUGGCAGAACUGCUCAAAUAUACCAACCCUCAGCACAGAGACUACAAAGAUGUGGAGGCAGCUUUGAAUGCCAUGAAGAAUGUUGCCAGGCUUAUAAAUGAGAGAAAACGGCGCCUUGAGAACAUCGACAAGAUCGCUCAGUGGCAGAGCUCUAUAGAGGACUUUGAGGGUGAAGAUGUCCUCAGCAGAAGCUCUGAGCUCAUCUUUUCGGGAGAGCUGACAAAGCUAUCCCUGCCUCAGGCUAAGAGUCAACAGAGAAUGUUUUUCCUUUUUGACCAUCAGAUGGUGUACUGCAAAAAGGACCUCCUGCGCCGAGACAUGCUUUACUACAAGGGCCGGAUUGACAUGGACCACAUGGAGGUAAUAGAUCUGGAGGAUGGUAAGGAGAAAGACUUCAACAUCAGUGUGAAAAAUGCUCUGAAACUGCGUUCGCUGGCUGGUGAUGAAGUCCACCUCCUGUGUGCUAAGAAGCCUGAGCAGAAAGAGCGCUGGCUCCGAGCCUUCACUGAUGAGAGGAGGCAGGUCCAGCAAGACCGCGAGACAGGGUUCACUCUCACAGAGGUCCAAAAGAAACAGGCCAUGUUGAAUGCCGGCAAAAGCCAUCCAGCUGGGAAACCCAAAGCGGUGUCCAGACCUUACUAUGACUUCCUCCUGAGGCAGAAACACCCCUCUCUCCCCACUGCUUUGCCCCAGCAGCAGGUCUUUAUGCUGGCUGAGCCCAAGCGCAAGACCUCCACCUUCUGGCACAACAUCGGCAGACUGACGCCCUUCAAGAAGUAAAAACUGUAAGGGAAAAAAGCCUUGGAGAAAAGGAACAGAGAAGGAGAAAGAGUCUCUGUUCAUGCCUGAAUAGUCUGUUUUUAACCCUGCCUCUCUUUAAUUCCUACACAUAAUAUCCUCUAAUUACUGAUUUAAUGUAUAGAUAUGAAUUGAAUAUGUUAUCUUUUGAAAGCACUUUAUAUGUUGGUUAACAAUCAGACAUGGGAAUGGUCCUCUAGAGACAAUCAGUCAGAUAGGUAGAGUAAACUCUUGGUUCACUUAAUAAUAGACCUUGAAUCAAGCACUAAUUGGUACUAAAACUACUAUUGUACUACUACAGUACUAGUACUGUACAGCUGCAGGUGAGCGAGGGACUCCUGACUGUGCUGUCUCUGUGAAGACGUUGCCUGUCAACAAAACCUUGUUUAUUUUCACUCUUCUGUUGCUUCAUGAUUUGACAGAUGCCAAGUGUUUGUAGUGCCAGAUGAUCUGUUUUUAUAUUUGUUCCUUGUCUGCUUAUGAAGCAAGAACGUUUCUUGUGCGUUUCCAUGUACAGAAAUAUAAUUUCAGCUAUGUUUUGUUUCGUGAUUAUGAUCCACCAGGAUUUGGUUUUGUACUUCUCUGGUGUAAUGUGCAAACUCUUGACAAAUAUCAAACACAGCCCAAAUAAGAAUCGGCUCAGCACAUGUUCUCGGCUGUUCUGGCUCCACGGUCUGAACCUCGACAACUCCUGAUACCUGCCGUGUCAAUGAAAGUACGCAACUCGCUCGAUUUUGUUUUCUUUCUGUUCUUUGUUGAAGUGCCAUUUGAAGUGUGUCAUGGAUGCUUUACAAUGACAUGCAUGGAUGUGCUUAAAAGAAAUACUGUGAGGAAUAUUUUUUUAUCACUGAAGAGCCCUGCUAUAUUUAACCUGAUAGCUGGUUAAAGCUGGUUUCAUUGUGCAGCCAUGCUGACAGCAUCUCUCUCUGUCUCACACACACACAUUCUUUUAUCUACCUGUAUUUCUGAUAUUCACUAUUCCUGCUCUGUGUAUCUGAUCUCCAGUAUAAUCUCAUGUCAGAUCAGUGCACCCCGGCGAUAUUGCUCUGUAAGUGCAUUUAGUGAAAUGUACUCCUUACUCCUUUCUGUUCAAAUAUUAAACGUUCCUAAAAUGACAUGUCGCUUUAACUUGGGGUGAUUUUUACUUUGUUUCAUGCCACUCUUUCUGGAGUUUCAUUUCUUUAACGACCAUGUGUAUGCUAACAUGGAGUACAAGCUAAGAUUUUCAUUUUAUAUAUUAAAAAAACCUGCUGAAACUA